CUCAUCGAAUCUGAUGGUACACUUCCUUUGAGAGACUAUUCGGCACUGGCUUUGAGAUGUUACGUUCAGUUUUUGUAUUCGUCAUCGAUCGAGUGGACGUCUGAAGAAAUGUCUGAUCUGUUGAAACUGGCAACUGCUUAUGGUCCCGUCGAGCUGAUAUCACUUUGUCAACCUCAGCAAACAUUCACAUCUACCGAUGCUGCUGAUCUAGGAAAUUCGGCAAAUAAGCACUCAAACUCGAAUGAUUGUUCAGGUUAA